GUGUUUUCGUUCAGAUUUAGGGUUUGAUUUCUGGGUAGUUUUUGAUUUCUUGUUAUCUUUAUUAGAAUGGGGAGCGCUGGAGAAACGAAUUACGGUUCAUACACAUAUCAAGAGCUUGAAAGAGAGCCAUAUUGGCCAUCGGAGAAUCUAAGAAUCUCGAUCACCGGCGCCGGUGGCUUUAUUGCCUCUCAUAUUGCUAGGCGUUUGAAGAAUGAAGGCCAUUACAUUAUUGCUUCUGAUUGGAAAAGGAAUGAACACAUGACAGAAGAUAUGUUCUGCAAUGAAUUUCAUCUUGUUGAUCUUAGAGUGAUGGAUAAUUGCUUGAAGGUCACAAAGAAUGUUGACCAUGUCUUUAACUUGGCUGCUGACAUGGGUGGAAUGGGCUUCAUUCAAUCCAAUCACUCUGUUAUUAUGUAUAAUAACACCAUGAUUAGCUUCAACAUGCUUGAAGCUGCAAGAAUCAAUGGUGUUAAGAGGUUACUAGAAUUUUUAAGGGCACUGUCCUUACCAAUGAGGAAGAAAGUACCAAAUGUGAGCUUGAAAGAGUCAGAUGCUUGGCCUGCUGAGCCUCAAGAUGCUUAUGGCUUGGAGAAGCUUGCGACGGAGGAGUUGUGCAAGCAUUACAACAAGGAUUUCAGUAUCGAGUGCCGAAUUGGGAGGUUCCAUAACAUUUAUGGUCCGUUUGGAACGUGGAAAGGUGGAAGGGAAAAGGCUCCUGCUGCAUUUUGUAGGAAGGCCCUCACUUCUGUAGAUAAGUUUGAGAUGUGGGGAGAUGGUCUUCAGACAAGAUCUUUCACCUUCAUUGAUGAAUGUGUAGAAGGUGUUCUUCGAUUGACUAAAUCGGACUUCCGCGAGCCAGUGAACAUUGGCAGCGAUGAGAUGGUCAGCAUGAACGAAAUGGCUGCAAUCGUUCUUAGCUUCGACGACAAAAACCUUCCAAUUCACCACAUCCCUGGACCCGAGGGUGUUCGUGGUCGUAACUCAGACAACACACUCAUUAAAGAGAAACUCGGAUGGGCUCCCACAAUGAAGUUGAAGGAUGGUUUGAGAAUUACCUACUUCUGGAUCAAGGAACAGAUUGAAAAAGAAAAGUCUGAAGGCAUUGACCUCUCAGUUUAUGGAUCAUCAAAGGUUGUUGGUACCCAAGCCCCGGUUCAACUCGGCUCACUCCGUUCUGCUGACGGUAAAGAGUAAUUAGUUAAGACCCGGCUAACCCGGUCGGGCUGCCUCGGUGCAAUCGAAGCUUAAUUAGAUGUUACUACCAAAAGUUACUAGUAUUUUGAUGUUAUUGGAUACUUUUAUAUGCUUACUAUUCUAUUCAAUUUUGUUACAACACAUCCUGUUUCCACAAGGAAAUAUGUGGUUCUUUUAGCAGGUUCAUGUUCUUGUCUUGUUUGUAAUAAAUUUUUCCAAUUAAGUUCUUGAGAAAGCCAGCUUGGCGUUGUUGUGAC